AUGCUUUUGCUUUGGCUCUUGAACUUCUCGUUUUGGAUUCUUCGAGCAGCUGCAGCACAGCAACCCCAAGCUGUGGUGAAGGAGGCAACUUCUGCGGAUCUGCCUCUAGAACGCCUUCGACUAUUCAUCGAGACAAACUCCCAUAGACGGAAAAACAGAAAGCCUCUAUACACGGAGAAGCUGAUCCAGGAUAAUGUCUUCAUCCCACAGUAUGACACAGCGCUACAAGACUAUGAGGGCUCGCCAUAUCAUGAUAAUUACUACACCAGUUUUGAGACGGCGGCACUUAGAUUCAUUGAAGAUGCUGAGGCCUCCGCUACUCAGGAAACAUACGUGUAUUUGGCUGAUCUAUAUAUGUUCGGCCAGUCUGACAUAAGAGUCAAUUACACGAAAGCGCUACAUUACUACGAGGCGGCCGUGAAGAAUUCAGCACACGAUCAUGCCUACUUCAUGCUAGGCUUUAUUUACUCUACAGGCAUGUUCGGCGAAAUUCAGAAAGAUAAAGCAAAAUCCAAUUUAUAUUAUCAGUUUGCAAGUGAGAACGGUAAUCUCAAUGCCACCAUCGUCCUUGCUAACAAGUACCUUCACGGCAUUGAUAGGCCGCCCAACUGCGACUUAUCAAAGUUUUACUACUCCAGACUAGCCCGUGUCACUAAGAAGAAUCAACUUGACUCCACAUGGCUUCCUGAUUCUCGCACAGCGUUUCACAAUAUUCGUAUUGCUGACUUUAACGGCGGACUAUACGGUCGCAAAGUGAGUAAUCAGUUUCUGUCCUUUCAAGCUUCGGCAGACUAUGAUGCAGCAAAGCGCAAGCAUCUUGAGGAUAAUGACUAUAACCAUGAUCCUGACCUCCGUGAUCUUUACUAUGAUGCCUUGGCAUCCUAUACUGGAACUCGCUUCACUCCUAUGAAUCUCUCUGUUGCUCAUGAUCUAGCAGGGAAGUGCUUGGCGCACGCUAAAGUGAAGUUUGGUAAGAAUAGUGGGAUAUAUGUCAGCGAGGAGGACAGAAAUAUGUGGUCUCGAUGUGCUUGUUUGCUCGGUAAUUUGUACCUUGAAGGAGGUCACGGUGAGCGCAAUAUCGAGAAAGCAUUCAAGUACCUAGAGUUCGGAAACCGUAUCAUUGAUAGUAGAUACACCAGAACUCAACUUGGAAAGUUCCACACUCUUGAUCCUAUCACAGAGGGCACUUUGAGUUCGAAUUGCUCGAGGCACUUGUCCACCGCUGCCAAAUAUCUGUCACUAGAAGCCACAUAUCUUCUCACUCAAUGGAUGGCUGUUGCAAAUCCUACGCUGCCCUUUCUUAUUCAUAACACAGAACAGACCUUUGGUUCUUGGCGUGACCUUAGCCACAGAAAUUAUUAUGAUGCAUUUUUCUACUACGCUGAUGCCAUGGAAACAGGUGUUGGGGCAUCUCCCACUGAUGAUUUACAUUGCUCUACGAUCGUCACAUACUACAAAAUGUUUGUCGAGCGCUCUGAGAAGGAACUUUUCCCCCACCUAAAAUAUGCAUUCAACGAGUUCAUUCAUGGCAGCUUCAAAAAUGCCCUUCUCGGAUACCUGUUAGCAGCGGAGCAAGGAUUCAGGCAUUCACAAGUUAGCGCAGCAUAUCUUUUGUACCAGGCGGAUAAUCUUUUUUCAUUGCAUCCCAAAACGUUCGACACUGAUAGACUCGAAAGUGCGAUGUCUUACCUUGAACUCGCUUCCCUUCAGGAUGAUGUCGAUUCGACCAUUGCCUUGGGUGACAUCAAUUACAGCGGUGUGAAAUCAGCAAAUAUUCCAAAAGACUUUGGAAAAGCGUUUUCCUAUUACUCAAGAGCAGCAACGGCUCAAUCAUCUCAUGGUUGUUUCAAGCUUGGUCAUAUGUACGAGUAUGGUCUUGGCUCUGCCAAUGCAACUGUUGACUAUCAUAUGGCAAAACGAUAUUAUGAUCUCAGUCUGAAGUAUACCCUGGACUCCCCGUUCUAUGAAGUUUCACGCUUGAACACAUACCCAAUGAGUCUUGCAUUAUUGCGCUUGAGAUUAAAGCUACUCUUCAGCCGCGACAAGAAAGAUGUGGAUAAAGCUGGCUGGUUCAGUACAUUUAAGUCGCUAGGUAGAUCCCAGGAUAGCAUAGAUGAUGAUGCGAGCGACGAAAGAGCAAUUCAAAGGUCCACUGCCCAUUUUGAAGGAACCGAGAUAGAGGAAGAGGACGACUAUGAGGUUUUUGACUACAUAGUUCUCCUCCUUACAAUUGUAACGUGA